UCCGCAAAAUGCGCCAGUCUGCCACGUGAGGGAGGCGCAAAAUGGGAUCCUGACCCAUUUUUCCUCUUUCUCUCUCCUCCUCAGUUUGAAAUAUGAAACCUGGUCCAUUUCAGCCAAGUCUGUCCCCCGGGCUCUAAGUUCCCCAGCGCCAACACUUCUCUGCAUUACCCAGCUUCAUUUGGCAUUUUCAGACCUAAACCAGUUUUGACACUUUGACAGGAAACUUUUAUCCAUUUUUUUUUUUUAGAACCACCCAUUCCAUAAUUUUAUCCAUUUCUCCCCUUGAUGCGGGUUUGGAUUUGCUCCUGCAAAGGUUGUUUUCAAAACUUUUCCCCUGCUAACUGAAUGUGGAUCCUGAAAUAUCCGAAACUUUUAUUUUUCAAUCAUUCCCAUUGAGAGAAAGCGUCUCUCCAGCUGGCUUUCUGACCGGGAUGCGGGUGGUCAUUUUAAACUGAGCUCCAAAUAAAAGAGACGUGGAAGCAUCGCCUGCAUCCUUUCUUUUGUCUUUGUUGCAUCUCUGCCUCAAAGCAUUGUGGUUUGUUUUUUUUCUUUUCAUCCACAAAGGAAAUCCCUUUUUUCCGAGGAAAAGCUAUGGCGAGAUUUUUGUUGAACAUGCGUCUUGUUCUGGUUUUAUUCGGAUUAUUUUUGCUCUCUUCUCCAUCCGCAAGAUCCGAGCCGGAGCUGCAGGACGAAGAGGAGGAGGAGAGCUCCUGUCAGGGAGCUUUUGACCUGUAUUUUGUGCUUGAUAAGUCUGGCAGUGUGAAGAAUCACUGGGUGGAAAUCUACUACUUUGUGGAGAAUUUAGCUGAGAAAUUCAAAAGUCCCAUGCUGAGGAUGUCCUUCAUAACAUUCUCCUCCAGAGCAUCCACCAUCAUGAAACUGACAGAAAACAGAGUGGACAUCAGAAAGGGGCUGAACGCUCUGAAAAGAGAGAUUCCUGGUGGAGACACAUUCAUGCACCUUGGAUUGCAGAGGGCAAAUGAGCAGAUACAGCAGGAAAACUUUGGAACGGCCAGCGUGAUUAUUGCACUGACAGACGGAGAGCUGCAGGAACAUCAGCUCAUCACUGCACAGCAAGAGGCAGAGAGAGCCAGGUCUCUUGGAGCUAUUGUGUACUGUGUUGGCGUCAAAGACUUCAAUGAGACACAGCUGGCCACCAUUGCAGACACCAUCGAGCAUGUGUUUCCUGUGUUGGGCGGCUUCCACGCCCUCCGGGGAGUCAUUGAUUCGAUUAUCAAGAAAUCCUGCAUUGAGAUUUUGGCAGCUGAGCCUUCCAGUGUGUGUGCAGGAGAGUCUUUCCAAGUGGUGGUGAGAGGAAACGGUUUUCUCCAUGCCAGGAACAUCAACCAGGUGCUCUGCAGCUUCAAAAUCAACGACACGACUACAGUCAAUGAAAAGCCAGCAGGGGUAGAAAACACAUUCUUACUGUGUCCAGCUCCUGUCAUCGAUGAAGUUGGGAAGGUGAUUUAUCUCCAAGUGAGCAUGAAUGACGGUCUGUCCUUCAUCAGCAGCAACGUUCACAUCACCACCACAGAGUGUUUCGAUGGCACCAUUCUCCUGAUCACCCUGCUGGUGUUGUUCCUCCUGCUGGCCCUGCUCUUCAUGUGGUGGUUCUGGCCUCUCUGCUGCACUGUGGUGAUCAAAGAACCACCUCCUCCACCUCCUCCUGAGCCUGAGUCAGAUGAUGAAGACGGCCUGCCCAAGAAGAAGUGGCCCACUGUGGAUGCCUCAUAUUACGGAGGAAGAGGAAUCGGAGGGAUUAAGAGGAUGGAGGUGCGUUGGGGAGGGAAGGGUUCGACCGAGGAGGGGGCUAAGCUGGAGAAGCCAAAGAACGCUGUGGUGAAAAUGCCGGAGCAGGAGUACGAGCCCUUCGAGCCCAAACCUAAGAAAGCUCACAACAAGAAUGCGCCUCAGAGCCGGAAGUGGUACACGCCCAUCCGGGGUAAACUGGAUGCUAUCUGGGCUCUGUUUCGCCGCGGGUACGAUCAGGUCUCCCUGAUGAGACCCCAGCCCGGGGAUCAUGGUCGAUGCAUCAACUUCACAAGAGUGAAAGACGAGUCAGCGGCAGCCAAGGCCCCACCUCGCACCCCGAUCCACACACCCUCGCCCCCGCCACCGGACUACCGUCCUGUGACCCGCACCCCCUCCUCGUUUCCCACCCCCGCCAUCCCUCCUGCCAAAUCACCCCCGUCAGGCCAGCUACCCCCAGGACCGCCACCAUCUCGCACACCCCCGGGGCUUCCCUGUGCACCGCCAUCGCGUCCCCCGCCCAGCCUUCGACCCUGAAUCACACAGACAACCCCCACCCCCCACCCCACCCCCCAACCCCACCUCACCCCCACGCACCCGCUUUGAUAUCACAGACUUACCGCUCUGUAGACCAGUUCUUUCAGUUUGAAGGUUGUGGUCCUCGCUGCCAAAGAUACUCCUGCUAUUAGCCAAAGAUCAGCAGUAUUUUGAAUCCCAGUCAUUCUGUGUUCCUCUUCUUGCAUGGGAAAGAGUGUCAAGUCAAACUGUAAGAUGGCAGUUCAAGACAUUUCAAACAUGCUACCACCCAGCAUGAUACAUUCUGGAGGAAACAAAUGUAGGAAUACCAGGGAAACUCAUUAUGAAAACUGAAAUAUUACCGACCUUAAUGCUCUCUGUGUCAUUGUUUAUGUGCAAAGUGUGGACACCCCCAAAACUGGAAAAGGUCAUUUUCUACAGGGUGUGAGUAUUUGCUGAUAAGCAAGAAAAAUGUUUUUGACAAGAAGUUUGACUUGACAUUCAGUCCCAUAAAGAGGGUGAAUGGGGUGAUUCGGGGAAAUAUUUUACUUAGUGUUGGCGUUUGUGAGAUCAGGGAGGAUUGUUGCUGGACAGCAAAGCAUGUAGGGACGGGAAGUCCACAGAAGAAAACUGCAAUGGAUGAAAUUUCUUUGUUGUCUUUAUCAACUACUGAGUUAGGCCAUUGUUGUCAAGAGUUAAGGUUAAAAGUAGGCUGUAUGUGAAAAUCUGAGUUUAAACUUUGGAUUGGCUUAUUUCUCCAUUGCUGUGAUGGUGUAUCAGAGGUUUUGAGAAUUGGAUUUCAAAGCAAUUUCAAGUGGUCAUGUUCUUAAUGGUGUUGAGUAACUAAGGUCAAACAUAUCUGAUUCGCUAAAAAUGUUUAUUUUAGACCAUGUUCUCAGUGCCAAAGUGAUUUUUUUCUUCACCUUUUUGUGAUGUUUCUUUUAUCCAACGACAUGCUAAUCCAACUAAUUGCAGUCCUUUAAUACAGAAAUGAUACAGUUACAUGAUUUUGUGGUCCAGUUUUUGUACCAUUCAGUGACAGGGAAGUGUACAGACGUUAUGUGGAAGGUAUGUUUUUACAAUAUGUGUUUGAGAUGCGUUUUUGAUUGUUACAUUGGUUGAUAUCUUUGAGGCUUUGGAUUUUGUCCUUAACCACCUUUUCAUGUAGUUGAAUUUAGAAUACAGCAAUAUAUAUUUUUUGUUUCGUUUGUUUUUUGAUAUCUGCGCACAUAGACUGCUGGGCAACUACAGUAUGUAUUUGUUUUUGUUAGCAUUUAGACAUGAAACCAGAAAUCAGGUUAACGUCUCUCCUCACGUUUUUUUUUUACACAGUCCUGAUACUGUACUUUGAUACCAAUAUGUGUGUUUUAUGUCUUCAGUUUUAUCAUCACCGGUCACAUUGCAACUGCAGGGCAGUUCAAAGAGCAUCUAAUUUAUUUUACUCCCCGAGAGAAAUAGAGGAGAGUACUUGAAUAUCGACAAGGUGUCCAACCACCAAGACGGACACUGUGCGCAGAAUUUAGAAACACAACAGCUAGCCAGUUCAAAGUCACACAAGGCUUGCCAGCGGUUCUCAACCCCUCAGCUACAUGGUAAAACAUCUGAAUCUGAACGUGAUCCAGCUACAUUUUAUGCUGUGUAAACUGGAAAAGAAACCUCAAAAUUGUGUGAAUCUUGUUGUGCAUUAUGUGCUCCGUAGCUCCAUGCUAGCAGGCAAAAAGACGCCGCUAGCGAUGUGUACAUGUUGGCAAUGACUACAUGCUAAAUUGGAGGGGGAAAUGGGAAUGGGAAAAAAAUGAACAAUAAGAACAGCGGGGUGUAGAAAAGAGGUUGAAGAAUGCUGGUAUUCCUUUUACAUCCAGUGCCUUCUGGAAUAUUCUUCUUGUUUGAUUUUUUAUAUUUUCAUUUUGAUGUACGUCAUUCAGGUAUGUCGUGUACCGUUGUGUUACUACAUGCAUUCAUAAUCAGUCUCAGUGCCUUGAAGCUGAGCUAAAAGAAAGGUGCAUACAUUGCUUCACUAAUGUGUCCAACCAUCCACAUGAAUUUUUUAUGUCACUGAAAAUGCCUUUUGAUUUGAAAUCCCAAUACUGAAUCAAUAAUGAAUUAGAACAAAUUUGAAUGAGAAGGUCCUACAUGUAUUCAUUGUGAUGCAUUGGUGUAAUUACCAUAAACAAACUAGAGUAAAACAAUGAUGUUUUGCUAGCAAUGUCUAGCAUCAAAUUUGAUUAUUUUUUUUAUUGUUAGGGCUACAUAUCUGUUUGUUAAGCUGUGUUACCUUCAAGGCAAGACCACGAGGAAUUAGACUUUCCUGUCAACUGUUUACGGCUUCCAAAACCCAAACACAAUUAUAUUGUAUUACAUAGUAAUUUGCCGCACCAUCAAACUGCACCUUGGUUUGACUUCCCCCUGUUUUUUUUAAACCAAAGCAGAUCUCAUCACCUCAGUUGAGAUUUAUUAAUGACACCAUCUUUACGAGAUAGGAGGAGUUGAUGUAUUUAAUUUGUUACAAACUGUACACACAUCAUCACACAUUUGAUUUGAAAGCUUGGAUAGAAAUGCAAAGUAUUAUUACUUUGGACUCCGCAGUGUGCAUUUCCUUGUUUUAUCGCUCUGCUCUGAUCAGAAGAUACAGAUGUGGCUGGUAGAUGUUCCACUUAUUACUGCACAAACUUGCUGAACUUCCAAGGUAGCUAAUACGGUUCACCUCUGUAACACCCAAGAAAGAAUUUCAGUAUAAAUGCAGCAUUGAUGCGAGAUCAGUGUUUGAGGGGGAACUUCUGCAAUAGCUAUCGCUGUCAGAGCUCAAUGUCAUCCUGAUCGAGAUGAGAUACAUUAUGUUAAUCAGUGUUUUUUACACAUAUAAACAGCAGUACUGAAGCAAAUAUGAAAGACGUAUAUGAUUUUCUCUUGUUGGUUCACAUGACUUUUUUUAACAGUAUCAAUAAAGGUUGACUUCCAAGCUUC